CACUGACUGCAGUUUCAGUAAACCACUUUACACCAGACGGGCAGCACAUUCACCAUUACAGGUUAUUAUAAUAUUGGCGAACUGCUGAACAAAAUGUUUGUGGCAUUUAUUUUCUUCUGUUUGAGCUCAUGCAAUCUAUCUGGUGUGUUUGGUGAGUCUGUGUCAGUGAUGGAGGGAAACUCUGUCACUUUCUACACUGGUGCUGCUGAAAUACAGAGAGACGAUCUGAUACUGUGGACAUUUGGACCUCAUGACAUUCUCAUAGCUAAAAUCAACAGACAGAACAAUAAGAGCAGGUUUUAUGAUGAAAAUGCUGAUGGGAGAUUCAGAGACAGACUGAAACUAGAUCUUCAGACUGGAUCUCUGACCAUCAUCAGCAGCAGAACCACAGACUCUGGACUUUAUAAAGUCACCAGCAGCAGAACAAGGAUCACACUUAACACAUUCAAUCUCUCUGUCUAUCCUCAUCUGCCCAUUUCUUUCGUCAGUAGUAACUCAUCAGUGUCCAGAUGUGUGCUGCUGUGUUCAUCAGUGGUGAAUGUGAGUCAUGUGACUCUCUCCUGGUUCAAAGGAAACGGUUUAUUGUCCAGCAUCAGUGUGUCUGAUUUCAGCAUCAGUGUCUCUCUUCCUCUGGAGGUGGAAUAUCAGGAUAGAAACACCUACAGCUGUGUGAUCAACGAUCCCAUCAGAAACCAGACUCAACUUCUCAACAUCACUCAACUCUGUCACACAUGUGCAGACUGCACCCACUGUGGUUUUACUGUGAUCCGAUUGGUCCACUCUGCUCUGGUGGGCGUGGCUAUUGUUGCGGUGCUGUUUUAUGAACUCCGAUCUAAAAGUCAACAGAAGAGCAUGCAGAAAUAACCAUCAAAUGCUCAAAUAACCGGAUGUGGACAUUCUUGAACGACUGCUUUGUGUAUGUCAUCCUUUCAGUAGACUAUAUCAUUCAUGAAUAAAUGUCAUGUAACUGAUUAUGAAUUAAUUUUAUUCUGUACAGAAAAUACUGCAAUAAAGUAAUCACGAACAGUUGUAUUUGUAUAGUACCUUUAACGUUGCAAAUGGUCCUAAAGUAGCUUUUCCAAGAAUAGCUUCAAAACCC